AACAGGCCGUUAAUGGAUUAAAGAGAGGCCCAAAUCUUGAAGGAAAAACUGAGAAUUCUCUUUUCCCUCUGCCCUAAUUUUCCGAUCAGAGAAAAACCUACCCUUUAAGAUAAAAAAAUUGACAAAUUGAAGAGAGAUCAUGGAUACCGUAUUUAGAGAGAAGCUCGAAAAAGAACACAGAGAGAGCAAGGAAACUGGGAAGGUGAAACUCGAACGAGAGAAGAAAGACAAGGAGGCUGCUGAAAGGCAACGCCAAGCCGUUGAAGCUUCUCAAAGAGCGAAAAGGCUUGAAGCCAUUGAAUCCCAGAUGAUGAAGGUUGAGCCUGCUGAAAGGCAAAGAGAAGCCGUUGAAUUCUUUCAAAGAGCCAGAAGGAUGAGGAUAACCUUGGUGAAGAAAAAGAAGAAGAAGAUGACAUACGUAGAGUAGGUGGAGAUUUUAUUAUAAAAGCCAUAAUACCUCCAUGGAUGAUGAAGACGAAUAUGCCGCAAAGGGUAGCACUAGAGGGAGAUGACAAUGUUUUUGAAUGGGAUGAUGAUGAUGAAGAAGGUGCUAAGUUGGAAAUAGGAGACGCUCCUGGUACAGCAGGAAACUGUAAAAGGUUUAUUUGGAAUGUGAGACCAGACAAAGAGAAGAAGAAGAAGAAGAUGACAACGGCUGAUGGGAAGAAUACUGAAAGCUAAUGGAUUAACCAUUGAUCAUAUAGAAUAACGAUGGAUAUGUGGUUUCAGUGCGAUUAAGUUAUGGUUAUGUCAAGUGCGCUUCACUUUUAAUUUGUUUGGUCUCUGUGUCUUUCCAUUGUGUUUAUGCAGCAAGACACUGUCUUUUAUAAGAUAAUUUUUGGGAUUCUCAUCA